UCCCCGGCGCUCCUGGACACGGCGCGUGCGUGCGCGGGAGUCACAUUUGCGUGCAUGCGCGUUCACGCGGUGAUGGUAUCUGCCUCGCGCUCGUGGAUGCUGUGUUGGCGGUGCAGGUAGACGCGAGGCGUCACGUGCUCAGGAUCACGUCGUCUUUCUAGGAGAAGAAACGUUUCUCCCGUGCGUGUUUGUGCUGACAUGGCGGCGUCCGGGUGGCGCUAAGCGGCGGUUCCUCUGGGCCGACGCUGGCUUCGUUUGGUUUUCCUUUUUAAAUCGAGGAUUGCGUGAAGGAGAACCAUGACGACUGGUCAGGAUGAAAGUUCGGUCCGAGUGGCGCUGAGGAUCCGUCCUCAGCUGGCCCGGGAGAAGAUUGAAGGAUGUCACAUAUGCACUUACGUGAUGCCAGGAGAGCCUCAGGUCAUCCUGGGCAAGGACAAGGCCUUCACCUACGACUACGUUUUUGACAUGGACUCCCAGCAGGAUGCCAUCUACGGCACCUGCACGGAGAAGCUGAUUGAGGGCUGCUUCGAGGGCUACAAUGCCACCGUCUUUGCAUACGGACAGACUGGUUCAGGGAAGACGUACACCAUGGGCACGGGCUUUGACGUCAACAUAGCAGACGACGAACUGGGCAUCAUCCCCCGCGCUGUCCACCACCUCUUCAAGGGAAUAGAGGAGCGCCGGCAGGCCGCCCAGGAGCAGGGUCGCCCUAUGCCCGAGUUUAAGAUCAACGCUCAGUUCCUGGAGCUUUACAACGAGGAAGUUCUGGACCUCUUUGACUCCACGAGAGAUAUGAAGCAGAAGUCUCACGUCAAGAUUCACGAGGACGCCAACGGAGGCAUCUACACUGUGGGCGUGACCACACGCACAGUGUCCUCAGAGGCUGAGAUGAUGCAGUGCCUCAAGCUGGGCGCUUUGUCUCGUACCACCGCCAGCACCCAGAUGAACGUCCAGAGCUCCAGAUCCCACGCCAUCUUUACCAUCCACCUGUGCCAAGUCCGCGUCUGUGCCUCUGACAAUCAUGAAGAUGAAGCUGACAACAGGGUCUCCAACGGCAACGGCGACAUGGAUGAGUAUGAGACUCUGACAGCAAAGUUUCACUUUGUGGACUUGGCCGGCUCUGAAAGACUGAAGAGGACCGGUGCCACAGGAGACCGAGCCAAAGAGGGCAUCUCCAUCAACUGUGGACUGCUUGCUCUGGGCAAUGUAAUCAGCGCUUUGGGCGACCGGAGCAAGCGGUCGUCACACGUGCCUUACAGAGACUCCAAACUCACCCGGCUUCUGCAGGACUCAUUAGGAGGAAACAGCCAAACAGUGAUGAUCGCGUGUAUCAGCCCGUCCGACCGCGACUUCAUGGAAACGCUCAACACGCUCAAGUAUGCCAACCGAGCCAGGAACAUCAAGAACAAGGUGAUGGUGAACCAGGACAAGGCCAGCCAGCAGAUCAGCGCCCUGAGGACGGAAAUCGCUCGGCUGCAGAUGGAGCUGAUGGAGUACAAGACGGGUAAACGCUUGGCAGGCGAGGAUGGCGUGGAGAGCUUCAGCGACAUGUUCCACGAAAACGCCAUGCUGCAGACGGAGAACAGCAACCUGAGGGUGAGAGUGAAGGCCAUGCAGGAGACCAUUGAUGCUCAGAGAGCUCGACUCACCCAGUUGCUCAGCGACCAGGCCAACCAGGCUCUCGCCAGGGCCGGUGAAGGAGGCAGCGAGGAAAUUGGCAACAUGAUCCAGAGUUACAUCAAAGAGAUUGAAGACCUUAGAGCCAAACUUCUGGAGAGCGAGGCGGUGAAUGAGAACCUGCGGAAGAAUUUGUCACGUGCCUCCAACCGCCAGUCGUUCUACGCAGGCUCCAUGCUGGCACCCGAGAAGGAGACAUCAGACAUCAUUGAGCUGGCCAAGAAAGACCUGGAGAAACUGAAGAAGCGUGAAAAAAAGAAAAAGAAAAGACUCCAUCAGCUGUUGGAGGAGCGAGAGAGGGAGGAGGUGGUAGAGGAGGUUGAGGACGUCAGUGUCUGCAAGGAGGACGUCCCUGACAACGAGCAGGAAAAGGAGAAAGAGAAUGCAGAGCGAGUAAAUGACGACACAGAAAUGGAGGCACAAGAGGCCAGUGACCACGACGAAGGAGAAGAUGAAGACGAAGACGAGGACGAGGACAUGGACGUAGAGGAGAGCUCCGAUGACACCGACUCUGAGUCAGAUGAGAAAGAGGACUUCCAGGCCGAUUUGGCCAACAUCACCUGCGAGAUUGCCAUCAAGCAGAAGUUGAUUGACGAGCUGGAGAACAGCCAGCGACGCCUGCACACGCUCAAGCAGCAAUACGAGCAGAAGCUGAUGAUGCUCCAGUGCAAGAUCAGGGACACGCAGCUUGAGAGGGACCGGGUCCUUCAUAACAUGAGUUCAGUGGAGACUGGCUCGGAUGACAAGGCCCGCAAGAUCAAAAUGGAGUAUGAGAAGAAGCUGAGCCUCAUGAACAAGGAGCUCCAGAAGCUCCAGUCGGCCCAGAAGGAGCAUGCGCGCCUGCUGAAGAACCAAUCACAGUACGAGAAGCAGCUCCGGAAGCUUCAGUCGGACGUGGCUGAAAUGAAGAAGACCAAGGUUCGCCUCAUGAAGCAGAUGAAGGAGCAGCAGGAGAAAAACAGGAUGAAUGAAUCACGCAGAAACCGAGAGAUUGCCACCUUGAAGAAAGACCAGCGCAAACAGGAGCACCAACUGAAGCUGCUGGAGGCACAGAGACGGCAACAGGAGCUCAUCCUGAGGAGGAAAACUGAGGAGGUGACUGCACUGAGGAGACAGGUCAGACCCACCUCAGGGAAGGUCGUCAGGAAAAUCAACCUUUCAGAUUCCAUCCAGGAGUCGUCUCACCGCCCUCCCUCCGGACGCCUGUACUCUGGUCACACUGCUCCCAACGGCACUCGGUCCUCCCCGAGACGGACCGGCAGCAUUUACUCCACAAGGAUGGCCCGCAACAAGUGGCAGUCUCUGGAGCGACGUGUCUCUGACGUCAUCAUGCAGAGGAUGACCAUCUCCAACAUGGAGAACGAUAUGAACCGCCUUCUCAAGCAACGGGAAGAGCUGACCAAGCGUAAGGAAAAGGUCGUCAAGAAGCGGGACCGUCUGGUCAAAGAGGGGUCCGAAACAGAAAAGGCGGCGCUUCCCCUGAACGAGGAAGUGGACGCCCUGACCGCCAACAUCGACUACAUCAACGAUAGCAUUGCAGACUGUCAGGCCAACAUCAUGCAGAUGGAGGAGACCAAGGAGGAGGGUGACACAGUGGACGUUUCUGCUGUGAUUGGUUCAUGUACCCUGGUGGAGGCUCGAUUCCUGCUGGAUCACUUCAUGUCCAUGGCUAUAAACAAGGGUCUGCAGGCGGCCCAGAAGGAGUCUCAGGUGAAGGUGAUGGAGGGCAGGCUGAAGCAGACGGAGAUCACCAGUGCCACACAGAACCAGCUGCUCUUCCACAUGCUGAAGGAGAAGGCGGAGUUCAACCCAGAGCUGGACGCCCUGCUUGGCAACGCUCUGCAAGAGCUGGGUAACGUCUCAGCUGAAAACGGUGACGACAGCAGCAGCGACGAGUCAACCGCCAGCCCCUCUGCGGACGGAAACACUGUACCAUCAGAUGUCAUGAAGAUCUGUGGCGACCCCAAGUCCAGGAACAAGGCUCGCAGGAGGACCACCACUCAGAUGGAGCUCCUGUAUGCCAACAGUGACUCCGCCCCUGACAGCCACAUGGGCGACUUCUCCGGCCCCAUGUUGCCGUUGGCAGAGACACCAGACGGCAGCGGGGACAUGGACACGUCGGGUUCAUCUGUCAGAGACUUCACGGCGCUCUCGCCAGGAUUCUCCUCUAAAAUGGGCAGCGUUCCGGGCUCCAGAGCGCCAUCUGCCAUGGAAAAGAGAGCGCUGGAGCCUUCGCCGCUCUUUCGCAGGAAGACCUAUGACAAGGCCCAAGCGGCGUGCGACAGGGCAAAGUUCAAGGAGAUUAAACAGGGCGUCAUUAACCCGGUGCCGGCCACCAAGAGCAGUCGCUCAGCAUCGCUGCAGUGUGUCCAUGUGGCUGAAGGACACAGCAAGGCUGUCCUGUGUGUCGACUGCACCGAUGACCUCCUCUUCACCGGAUCCAAAGACCGCACAUGCAAGGUGUGGAACCUGGUGACGGGUCAGGAGAUAAUGUCGCUGGCCGGCCACCCCAACAACGUGGUGUCGGUGCGUUACAGCUCCAGUCUGGUCUUCACCGUCUCCACCUCCUACAUCAAAGUCUGGGACAUCCGAGACUCGGCCAAGUGCAUCCGAACGCUCUGCUCCUCGGGUCAGGUUAACGUCGGCGACGUCUGCGUGUCCACAACCAGCCGUACCGUCACUAUCCCGACAGGAGAGAACCAGAUCAACCAGGUCGCGCUGAACCCCAACGGCACCGUCCUGUAUGCUGCAGCAGGAAACUCUGUCAGGGUCUGGGAUCUACGAAGGUUUGCAUCCACUGGUAAGCUGACUGGUCACCAAGGUCCUGUUAUGUGUUUGACUGUGGAUCAGUCAGGGAACAACCAAGACCUGGUCAUCACCGGCUCCAAAGACCAUUACGUCAAGCUCUUUGACGUGACCGAGGGCUUGCUGGGAAGCAUCAGCCCAACACACAACUUUGAACCACCGCACUACGACGGUAUAGAGUCACUGGUUGUCCAGGGGGACAUCUUCUUCAGCGGCUCUCGGGACAAUGGCAUCAAGAAGUGGGACCUGGACCGCAAAGACCUGCAACAGCAAGUCCCGAAUGCCCACCGUGACUGGGUGUGCGCCCUAGGUUUGGUGCCCGGCUCGCCGGCCCUCCUAAGCGGCUGCAGAGGCGGGGUGCUCAAACUGUGGCACACGGACACUCUGGCCCCACUGGGCGAGCUCAAAGGUCACGACAGCCCCAUCAACGGCAUCGCCACCAACAGCGGACACCUGUUCACUGCCUCUGACGACCGCACAGUGAAGAUCUGGCGGGCCCGAGGAGGACUGGACGGCACCUUUGAGGCGGUAGACAAUGCAGAUGAGAUGGCCAGUAUUUGAAGUCUGCGCCCCCUACUGGUUGACCUUGCUGGAAAGACGCUGUUGCCAUCCCCUGAUUUGGCGCUGCCCUGCACUUUGACCCCUGGCUUGGCUCUAUCCCAGUACUUGCUGCGACCUUACACUAAACACGCACAUCAUUCAACAUCUCACGCUUGUUGUUAGCAUCUUGCGUAUCAGCACAUCAGUCAAAAAAGGAAGUGGCGGGUUGGUAGCUGGUCUAAACAACCCAGGAUGUCCUCAUGUCAUCACGUGUGGCUUCAAGUAUUCUGCUUAACGCCCUCUCCUGUUUGAGCUCUAUUUCUUGAAGAAUACAUGUCACUGCAGCACUCAUGUCCACAGUGGACAUGUCAUGAGGAAGGGGUGAGACACUUCCUGGUUGAGGCUGAUGGGAUGCAUUUUAGUUUACAUAUACUUGUUGAUUUUUGAAAUCUUUUAGUUAGGUGCUGGAUUUGUCUCGUUUAUCGAGCGUAGAUAAGACUUGAUUGUGUUGUGCCCUGCCCACACGGCACUACCGCCAUGUAUUAAGUAGCUGUGUGAUGCCAUUCGUCUUUACUCAGAGCAGCAUUUGAAGACUCUACACUCUACAUUAGUAUUGUUAUGGUUCACGCUCUAUACACAUACAUUGACGUGGUCUGCGCUCAAUACCUGUAUGUGACUUUGUCUGUAUGCCAUACAUGUACGUUGACAUGGUCCACACCUGUUUCUCUACAUGUGGGCCAUCCUGCACACUCAUGGUGACCUGGUCUACACGUCAUACAGGCAUUUAGACAUGGUUUCACUAUAUUCACUCUGGGCUGUGCUCACUACACGUUUGGUGAUAGGCUCCACACUCAACACAAAUGUUGGCAUGGUCCUAUCUCACUUCUUUUAUGUAACACGGUCUCAUCUCACUACAUGCAUUGUAUGUCGAUAUGGCCUGCUCACUACUUUACAGUAUAUGUUGACAUGGUCUGUGCUCACUUUAGUUAAGUUGAUAUCAUGACUGUCAAAAUGGCAGCACACAUAUUUUACGCUCAGUACAGAUGUUUGACGCGGUCUGUGCCCAUUUGCAUGUACAUUGACAAGGUUCGUGCUCACUUAAUUUGUGUGGGACGGUCCACAAAUGUAUGUUGCCAUGGUCCCUGUUGACGAAAAAUGUGUUGACGUGCUACACUCGCUCCACAUAUGUUGACAUGGUCUGUGCUCGCUUGAUGUACUGUAGUUCGAUAUCAUCACAUUGUCACAUUGUCAGACAUGUAGACAUGACAGCUCAACACAAUGGCUGACAUGGUCCACACUUAACUACACUUAUGGUGACAUGGUUCGUGCUCACCACAUGUACUGUAUAUUGAUGUGGUCUAUACUGACUACAUGUGUAUGGCAUGGUCCACAGUCAAUACAUGUAUGGCUACAGGGUCUGUGCCUGUUGUAUGUAUGUAUGUUGACGGGGUCUGCGCUCACUACACAUAUGAAGACACGGAUACAUGCAUACGUCGUGUAUGUUGAUUUUUGCGAUGUACGCAGUCCGUGCAGUGGCAAUGGUUCACACUCACUCGACGUUUGUUUGUGUCUCCUCACAUGUAUAAGAGGGCUUGUCGUAGUGCACUGCAGGUGAGGUCUGCUGGUUACCGUAGCAACGCACAAUGUAUGUACAGUAUAUUUAUGUCACAGGCCUUUAGAGAGGCGAGGCCUUCAGACUCUGUCACAUGUAUGCUUCAGUGACACUUGUGAGGAUGAUGAUGUCAUGGUGUAAUAUGACAUAUAACUGAAUGUUGCUCAUCCUGUGGGACCACCAGUUUGAACGUAGGAGGAGGCCACGUGGGACUUCCUCCACUGAAGCCAAGGAUGUUAUUUAAUGAAUUCAUGCUUAGACUUUCGUUUUUCUUUAGUCCGCCGUCUCCCCCUCCCCAUGCCCCUCAUUUGCAACUAUAGAAGCCAUGUUCCAAAUGGCCGUCUGUGUAGACAUUCAAAUGUCAGAUGAUGCCUGCUGAGAAUAAACGCCAUCUGUCAAAAACAAACA